UACGAAACUUCAUUUACAUACCUUUUCCUGUUUUUGCCCUUACUUUAGCAAGAGCUAUACAUAAAAACAGCAGUAACAUUUACAUACAACGAAAUGGCAGAAAAAGUCUUGGAACAACUUCGGAUUAAACUGAAGGAAGGUUUGACUGAGCCCGUCAUCAAAAGUUUGCUGGAUGAUCUUCGGGACAAGAAGGUGCUCGGAAAUGAGGAGAUUGAAGAAAUAGUGCAGAAGACCAAACCACGAGCUGAUCAAGCUCGAGAUCUGAUUGAUGGUGUGAGCAGAAAGGGGACAAAAGCAAGUGAAAUUAUGUUAGCAUGCUUGAAGAACAGAGACAUCUAUCUUUACAACAGCCUAAACAUAGACAACCAUUUAGCAAUUCCUGAAAGAGGAGCGACCUGUAGCCCUGCACCAACGGCACAUAGUACAACAGACAAACAAAAAGAUUUGGUCAGUGGAGAUGAGGUGUACAAAAUGGACAGUAAUCCACGUGGACUGUGUGUAAUUAUUAAUAAUGAGAACUUUGCAAACAAAAAACGAAAGGGAUCCCAAAAAGAUGUUGAUUCUCUGAAGGACUUAUUUGAAGUUUUGGGCUUUCUGGUUGAAGUCGAGAAAGACAAAACUGCAGAUGAAAUAAAAGCACUUAUGGCCAAAUACAGUAAUGAUGCACGUCAUGGAGACUGCUUUGUUUGUUGCGUAAUGAGUCAUGGAAAUGAGACUGGUGUCAAGGGAUUGGAUGAGAAAAUAUGUCCCGUGAAUGAAAUCACCUCCCCAUUUGAUGGAGACAACUGUCCUGCUCUUAUUGGCAAACCUAAAGUGUUCUUUAUCCAGGCAUGCAGAGGAUGUAAGAUGCAGAGUAAAGUGCUGGUUACAGAUGGUGCUGGUCCCAGUCGUAACCAGAAAUCUGGCAAACUAUACAGCAUUGCCAAAGAUUCUGAUUUUCUGAUUGCCCUGUCCACUGUGGAGGGAUAUUUUUCAAUCCGUGAUCCACUCAGUGGAUCAUGGUUUAUACAGUCCCUUUGCAAGCAUUUAAAAGAAGGAAGUGAACAAGGCCAGGACAUCUUGAGGAUCCUCACUCAUGUCAAUAAUGAUGUAAGCCUUAAAGAGGGCAAAAUAAGACAAAAUAAGAACAAAGAUAGAGUAGAUGCAAAGAUGACCCCUCAACCCCAAUUCACCCUGAGGAAGCUUCUGAUUUUCAAAGCACCGAAGGGUCGGGCUGCUGCUUCUAAACGGGAAAAAAAACAGGAUAAACAUCCUCAUCUUCCACCGAAGAAGAAGAGGAAAUCUUAACAUUGACAUUCUAGAGAAGUCUAUAAUAUUCAUCUAUUUUUUUCCAUAUUUGUUAUAAUGGAUUUUAGAAUAUGUGUAUCACAGGAGAGCGGAACUUGAGGGCGCCAGUUUUACAGGAUCAAGAUCAUUUCAUUUCAGACACGUGUUCAAUCACAUAGCUUUCUUUAAUUUUUUUUAAUAAAUUACAUCAAAUUCCCUUA